CAGUGUGGAGGCCACUCUAGAGUGUGCGCCCCGGCGCCCCGGGUCUCUGGCCAGCACGCGGGGACGCAGGGCGCGGCGAGAGGCCGAGUGACCGGCGUGGGCCACGCGCGAGGCGGCGGGGGCGCGCGCGGACACGCGGCCGGAGCGGGUCGGGCCGGGCCGGCUGGGGCCGGGGUCGGGGCCGGGGUCCGGGCGCCGGCGGGCGGGGAGGGGCCGGCCGGGCUCCCCGCCGCGCCCCCGCCGCCGUGUCCGUCCUUCUGUCUGCGCCCGACGUCAGCGGGAAUUUCCAGCAGGAAGUGAGAGCGCGAGCGCCGAGCCGCGCGGCCGCAGGAAGGGGAGGUUCGCCCGGCCCGGCCCGACAGCGUCCCGCCGAUGGCGCCGCGCUGACCCGCGCCCGCCAGACGCGCCAGGAUGGCAGAAGACGACCCGUACGUCCGGGUGACCGAGCCGAUCUUCCCCAUGGAGCCGCUGAACCCCGCCUUCUUCCACCCGGAGCUGUACCAGGCCGAGAUGGCCCUGCCCACAGCAGAUGGCCCGUACCUGCAGAUCCUGGAGCAGCCGAAGCAGAGAGGAUUCCGCUUCCGUUACGUGUGUGAGGGCCCGUCCCACGGAGGCCUGCCCGGCGCGUCCAGCGAGAAGAACAAGAAGUCGUACCCGCAGGUCAAGAUCUGCAACUACGUGGGGCCGGCCAAGGUGAUCGUGCAGCUGGUGACCAACGGCAAGAGCGUCCACCUGCACGCGCACAGCCUGGUGGGGAAGCACUGCGAGGACGGCGUCUGCACCGUGGCCGCCGGGCCCAAGGACAUGGUGGUGGGCUUCGCCAACCUGGGCAUCCUGCACGUGACCAAGAAGAAGGUGUUCGAGACCCUGGAGGCGCGCAUGAGCGAGGCCUGCAUCCGCGGCUACAACCCCGGGCUACUGGUGCACCCCGACCUGGCCUACCUGCAGGCGGAGGGCGCCGGCGACCGGCGGCUCACAGACAGCGAGAAGGAGGUCAUCCGCCAGGCCGCCCUGCAGCAGACCAAGGAGAUGGACCUCAGCGUGGUGCGCCUCAUGUUCACGGCCUUCCUCCCGGACAGCACCGGCAGCUUCACGCGGCGCCUGGAGCCGGUGGUGUCCGACGCCAUCUACGACAGCAAGGCGCCCAACGCGUCCAACCUGAAGAUCGUGAGGAUGGACAGGACGGCCGGCUGCGUGACGGGCGGGGAGGAGAUUUACCUUCUCUGCGACAAGGUUCAGAAAGAUGACAUCCAGAUCCGCUUCUACGAGGAGCAGGAGAACGGCGGCGUCUGGGAAGGCUUCGGCGACUUCUCCCCCACCGACGUGCACAGACAGUUCGCCAUCGUGUUCAAGACGCCCAAGUACAGGGACGUCACCAUCACGAAGCCGGCCUCCGUGUUCGUCCAGCUGCGCCGGAAGUCAGACCUGGAGACCAGCGAGCCGAAGCCCUUCCUCUACUACCCCGAGAUCAAAGACAAGGAGGAGGUGCAGAGGAAGCGGCAGAAGCUCAUGCCCAACUUCUCGGACAACUUCGGCGGGGGCCCCGGGGCGGGGCCCGGCGGCAUGUACGGCGGCGGAGGCGGCAGCGGGACCGGCGGCACCGGGCCAGGCUACGGCUUCCCCCCCUACGGAUUCGCUACCUACGGGGGCAUCACCUUCCAUGCGGGCGCCGCCAAGUCCAGCGCGGGCAUGAAGCACGAGGCCGCAGACACGCCCUGCGAGAGGGUGCCCGGUGGCGGCUGUGAGCAGGGGGACGACACCGAGGCUGCUCCUGUCCCCUGCGCCGCCGAAGCCACAGCGGGCUCUGGGAGCCAGGGCAGAGGGGACGAGGGGGCGCGGCGCUGCCCGGCGGAGGUGCAGGAGGGGCCCACGCAGGGCCUGGACGCCCUCUUCCUGGAGAAGGCGCUGCAGCUGGCCAAGAGGCACGCCAACGCCCUGUUCAACUACGCGGUGACCGGGGACGUGAAGAUGCUGCUGGCCGAGCAGCGCCACCUCGCCACCGUGCAGGACGAGAGCGGGGACAGUGUCCUGCACCUGGCCAUCAUCCACCUGCACGCCCAGCUUGUGAAGGACCUGCUGGAGGUGACGGCGGGGCUGGUGUGCGAGGACCUCGUGAACCUGCGGAACAACCUCUACCAGACGCCCCUGCACCUGGCGGUGCUCACCGAGCAGCCGGACGUGGUGGAGGCCCUGCUGGGCGCCGGCGCCGACCCCGGCCUCCUGGACCGCUCCGGGGACUCGGCGCUGCACCUGGCCGCCAAGGCCGGCCUGGACCAGGUGCUGAGCGUCCUCCUGCGGCACCAGGGCGCCGGGCCGCUGCUGGACCUGCCCAACGGCGACGGCCUCACGGCCCUGCACGCCGCCGUGCUGAGCGACAGCCUGCCCUGCCUGCUGCUGCUGCUGGCCGCGGGCGCCGACGUGGACGCGCAGGAGCGCAAGGCGGGGCGCACGGCGCUGCACCUGGCCGUGGAGCGCGACCUCCUCCCGCUGGCCGGCUGCCUGCUGCUGGACGGCGCCGCCUGCGUGGACAGCGCCACCUUCGACGGCACCACGCCCCUGCACAUCGCGGCAGGCAGGGGCUCCGCGUGGCUGACCGCCCUGCUCACGGCCGCGGGGGCGGACCCUUGUGUGGAGAACUUUGAGCCCCUCUACGACCUGGAUGACGCGUGGGGAGAGGACGGCAAGGAUGAGGAGACGGUGCCCGGGACCACACCGCUGGACAUGGCCACCACCUGGCAGGUGUUCGACAUCCUGAACGGGAAGCCCUACACCCCCGCCGUCUCCCAGGCCGAGCUGCUGGUGCAGGGAGACGUGAAGCGGCUGCCCGAGGACACCAAGGCCAGGCUGUACGAGCUGCUGCAGCAGCCCGAGCCCGACAAGAACUGGGCCACGCUGUCCCAGAAGCUGGGCCUGGGGGUGCUGAACCACGCCUUCCGGCUGAGCCCCGCGCCCCCCAAGACGCUCAUGGACAACUACGAGGUCUCGGGGGGCACCGUCCGGGAGCUGCUGCAGGCCCUGCGCCAGAUGGGCUACGCCGAGGCCGUGCGGCUGGUGCAGGCGGCCUUCUGCCCCCAGGGGAGCCCGGCGCAGCCCCCACCGGCCACCACCACCCCGGGCCCCCGGCCACCCGCAUCCCCUGCCUGCACGCGGCCACCGCAGAUGGACGAGCUGUGUGACAGCGGCGUGGAGACGUCCUUGCACACGCUCAGCUUCACGGACACGCUGACGGCCACAGCACUGCCCGAGCGCCAGCAGGACGGGCCCCUUGAGGGCACGGUCUAGCACGGAGACAGACAGACAGACAGACGGCCACAGGGAAGCCCGGCCACGCAGGCGCCAUGGACUCGCCGGGAGCCCCCCCAGAGCCCGAGCCUCUAAACACGGGCACGGCAGUGCCAAACAGCCCCUCCCCUUUUCUGCGUUUUGCUACUGUAAAUAUGUUUUUAGAUCAAAUACUUUAAAGAAAAAAGGUUGGAUUUAUAAAUGCUAUUUUUUAUUUUACUUUUAUAAUAAAAGAAAAAGCAAACUGA